AUGUUCAGUUGCUUGAUCCUCUGUCAGCUUCAGCUGCCGUGCAGCGACGAAGCCUUCAACUUGGGUGGCAGCAUUCUCAUUCGAACACCGCGGCCUGUGGGACAAGGAAUCGAGGAAGUAUUCGAAGAUAGCGUUCUCGGCCGAUUCGUCGACCUGAUCAAAGUCUGGGGCGACAUCUCCAAAUACAGCCUUUUGGGCGGACGCGACACUGGAAAGGAAGAAGGGACGCCGCCAUGGGACGAAAAGUCGACCUUCUACCAGCUCAGUCAGGAGAUAGACACCUUCUACACAGGACUUCCGGAAUGCUUCACAUGGUCCACCUCGAACUUCUGGAGACACUCUAACAGCAUAUACGUGUCAUUUAAUAUGCUGGCUGCUCUCUGCAGAAUCGUGCUGCAUCGCGAAUAUAUCCCCUUUAUCGCCAUCAACUGCGCCAGGCCGAUGGGCCCGAUGGCGGAGCUCGGAUUUGACCCCGGCGCUGCUCUCGAUGGCCAUUGGAAGCGAAGCGCAGAGCAGAUCUUCAAGGCUGGUAGGGAAAUCAUCGACCUUAUCACGUUGUGUCGGGACAGACUGCCCUAUUCGUCGUUGGUCUUAUUCGCCAUCAGGCAAGCAGCCUUUGUCGAGAUAUACGCUGCGCACUAUCCCCAUAUGGAUACUCAGAAUCACAUGUUCAGUGAGCAGGAAAUCGGAAGGCGGAAUUCGAGACCGAUGUCCGACAACUGGCAGCCGACCACCACUACUUACCAGGCAUUGACAAAGGCUGCACCUUGCUUUAGCCUGGCGUCCAAUUAUGCCAUAUACCUGAGGAGCAUAGAUAAGUGUCUCACUCAAAUCAAAUCUGACUGUAGAGAUGGAGGUUCUAGACAGAGUAGAGAUGAUCCUUUGAUCAUUCGACGAGAUGGGCGUGGCGGCGAUUGGGACGGGCGGAGGGAUCCCGGGCCAAUCCACCAGCAAGCCGGCUCCCCUGACUCCUCGACUCAUGGCCUUCCACCAACGCUCGGCUCACCGCAAAACGAAAUGGGAAUGUCUAGAAUGAACGCAAAGCAAUUGAAGGCCGACAUGUAUGUACGAUAUCAACAGGGCCGGCAAUUGGGCACCAUGUUCGAAGACAUUUUUGAUUUUGCUACCGGAGGCAAAGGCUGCACGCCGAACCUGGGAUCGCGGAACACAUUCAAUCCCCCAUUCUCCUUAUGGGAGGGUGUGACGACGAAUUCCGUUGCCUGGCAGGACAAAGAAGCAGAAUUUACUCGGAAGAAGCUCGGCACGAACAACAAGCAGGACGACUACACAGGCGUCCCUCUCGAACUACCAUCUAUUGCCGAAGCGAAGCACCCUUCUGGACUUGUCGAUACUAGUGAUCAAUUCUACGAUAUAUUCGAGUCGAGCCCGUCCCGCUCAACUUGA